AUGUCUGGCUCUCCUCCUGCUGAGCUGCCCUCGGUGACAUCCGGAGAGCCAAAGCCGGCUUAUCCACUAUCUUCCCCGACAGUCGUGACGACCAAGGAACCGGCCUCAUCGUCUGCUGCUGUCGUUCCUGCUCCAUUGGUUCAAAACGAACCUCAGCCCGCACAGCUUCCGCCUAGAUAUGGCGAGCAAACUGCCCCGGAAUAUGUGGAUUCCCCAAGACCCCUGCCCGGGUCCCCUCCAUACCCAUUAUCAACAUUGGAAUCUUCAGUCCCGGGCCCAGCGACUCGCUCAUUAGCGCAAAAAUCGACACGCCGGACUAAGGCUCAUGUAGCUUCAGCAUGUGUAAACUGCAAGAAGAAGCAUCUUGGAUGUGACCCAGCACGUCCAUGUCGACGAUGUGUUCUGGCGGGGAAAGCAUCAUCAUGUGUGGACGUCACUCACAAGAAGCGAGGACGACCACCGCUGAAAGCAGAGGACUCGUCUCUCCGACCAUAUACAUCACACAUGGAACAUCCAGCCAUUUCAGCAGAGAUUCAACCAUCGGCGGCCCCUCAACGAAACAUUAUGCAUCGAGCCACAUCUUCUCGGGAACUUCGACCGAUGACCGAUCUUCAAGGAAUAGACGAGCCAGGACAAGUAACCGCAGCGAUGCAGAUACCUAGAGGCCAGCCACAUAGAUGGUCUGCGUCUGUGUUUCCGCUCACUCGGCCGAUUGACCCUUCGACGAUGCCAACCCAGGCAGGAAGGCGACCAUUCUCUGCAUCUGGCCCACCGACAUACGGAGCACCACCUCAUCCACCUCCUGCUUUCGUGCCGACUUCUAGUGGAUUUAAUCCGGUUUUUAGAGCCGGAGUCAUGCCUCCAAGGAUGGAACGUCGAUUUGCACAAUACCCAAGUCCUACUCUGCCCCCGCCUACAUCUCCUCCGCAACAUAUCCCAGCCAGUGUUCCAUACAGCCCUUACGAGACCCCUGGACCUGCAAUGCAUCAACCGAUGAGCGACCCCAGAGUUCCCCACGGACCACGCGAGUUAUAUCUCGAAUCCCCGCUCCGACUUCCUCCUAUUCAUCAAGCAACCGCGAGUCCAGGCCCAGCUCAUCAUCACGCGCAUCGCCUCAGUGAUCCAUAUCCAGCAACCUGGACAUCUGCUCGAGAAGACGCCAACCGAGAGCCGCGCUCACCGGGCCUUCUCCACCGGCCAACGGGCUCUAUUUUCUCGCAUUCCACACCCCACUUACAUCAACGCUCGUCUUCCCAGACAGGCCCGCUCGAUCCAGUUCCCCGACAUCUCGGACCCGUCGAACUCCCAUCUCCCGUGACAUUACAUCAGUCUCCUCCAACAGGAGCACGAGAUACACUCCUGAGCACGGAAGCCGAGAACCAGGAGCCCAGACCCAUCAAACGGCGCAAGAUGGCGCUCGACGAUAUGGUCAACGGCUAG